UGUCGAGAUCAAGCUAGCUAUCUAACAGAGUAUUCCAUACCAAGAGCUAGGAAGUGCAAGCUGACCGUCUUUUUGACAUUCGAUGAAGGCUACGACUCAUUGCCUAUCCAAGAAGUGCAACUCCAAAUCGAAUUCCAAAGGCCGCCUCAGUCAGAGACGACGGAACAAGUGCUCUCUCAAGUCAUAUAUGAAGAUGACGAAGCAUCGACAAUAGACGACACUCUGACUUCUUUGUCAAGUAGUUGUCUCUACACUCCACCAGAAUUUUUGAACCCUCUGAAGGAAUCCUACGACAUUCCUCAUAAUGCUCGAGUUCUAUUCAAAGUGGUAGUAAAAGGUGUUCCAUUGCCACGGAUAGUGUGGUUUCUGAACGAUAACGUUCUUAAGCCAGAAAAGUGA